UCUUUAGUUCUCCGGUAAAACCACCGAAGAAAGAAAGGAGACCGAGCACUCAGACGAUGUUGAGCAUGAAAGCGCAGGUGGAUGUGGUCUGCUGUAAAUCAGUAGGAACUGAUCUGUCCAUGCUGGAUAUUGAGGAUUUCAUCACAGAAAUCUGUCAGCUGAAGAAAGAGGUGGCUUCACUGGAGGCAAAGCUGAGAGAAAGAGGAGACAAACUGAACAGAGAGGAUGUGGAGCAGGUUUCAGUGCGUGUGACUGAUGGGACAGAAGCUCAGGAUUCAGUCUGGAGCGUCAGAGAUCAGAGAUCCAGAGACACACAGGACUCAGAGCUCAGCCUCACUUUACUCUGUUAUACUGACGCUCAGGAUCAUGAAUCCACUGAUCAAACCUCUGACUGUAACGCUGGAGAACAGCAGAUGCUGCAGACGCCGCUGAAGACGUGCUCCGUCAAACUGGUGGACUGCAGGAACCUGAUAGAGAGCAGAGGAGAAGAAACCACCGCAGAGAAAGAACAACACCGUGAUGAGGAAGAGGAGGGUGAUGAUGAGAAUAAUGGGGAUGAUGAUGAUGAAGAUGAUUAUGCUGAGAAUAAUGAUGAUGUUGACGAUGGUGACUUUGUUCCUUCAGAUAAGAAUGCUGAUUCAUCUUCUGAUGGAGAAACUGCCUCUACAUCCAAAGAGCAAAGAACAAAGAAGAGUUUCUCCUGUGCCACCUGUGGAAAAACAUUCAGCAAACAGUGUCAUUUAACAAGACAUGCCAGAAAGAAAAAACACACAGAACAGAAUAACUUCACCUGCAAGAUAUGCAACAUCAGUUUUCCUACCUUCAAAGAGAAAACACUUCAUUCAAAAGAGCACAGCGUGAAGAAGGAGUUUCGCUGCGAACAGUGCGGGAAGGAUUUUUUCACCACUCUUAAUAAUAUGAGAGCUCAUAUAAAGCCACACAAAGAAAAGUCUCUUCAGUGCAACGAAUGUAGCAAGUUUUUCCGAACCAAACAAGAUCUUUCAAAUCAUAAGAGGAUCCACACAGGUGAAAAACCAUACAAGUGCCCAGAUCUUUCAAGUCAUAUGAGAAUUCACACGGGUGAAAAACCAUAUCAGUGCCCUCACUGCGAGAAGAGCUUCAGCCAGGGAUCUAAUCUGAAGACACAUCUACUCACGCACAGCAAUGAGAAUCCGUAUCAGUGCAGUGAAUGUGGAAAACCUUUUAUAAGCUCAGCUUCUCUAAAGUUACACCAAAAAAAACACUUUGAUAAACUGUAUCAGUGCCCUCACUGCGAGAUGAGCUUCAGUCUCAGAUCAGAUCUGAUGAACCAUCUACUCACACACAGCAAUGAGAAUCCCUAUCAGUGCAGUGAAUGUGGAAAACCUUUUAUAAGCUCAGCUUCUCUAAAGUUACACCAAAAAAUGCAUUCUGAUGACAAACCGUAUCAGUGUUCACACUGUGAGAAAGGUUUCCAUCUUUCAACUCACUGUAAAACCCAUGAGAGGAUUCACACCGGAGAGAAACCGUACCUAGGCAAAUUGACAGCAAUUAAAUAUGUCAGUGGUCGGCAGAAGAGACACUUUCCUUCUGCAAGAGAAUAA